CGGCGGGGACCGCGCGGAGGGGACGCCGCGGCCGAGCCAUGACGGACGCCAGCAACAGGAAAGAGGGCUUCAAAAAAUGCCGGAGCGCCACUUUCAGCAUCGAUGGCUACAGCUUCACCAUCGUUGCAAAUGAAGCUGGAGACAAGACUGCCAGACCACUUGCCCGCUUCUCUCGGUCCAAGUCACAGAACUGCUUGUGGAACUCCCUCAUUGACGGGCUCACGGGAAACGCCAAGGAAAAGCCACGGCCAACGAUUGUCCAUGACCCUCGACCACCAGAAGAAAUCCUAGCUGAUGAAUUGCCUCAGCUCGAUAGCCCAGAAGCCUUGGUGAAGACAUCCUUCAGGUUAAGGUCUCUGGUCAAACAAUUAGAGAGAGGCGAGGCUUCGGUUGUAGAUCUUAAGAAGAAUUUGGAAUAUGCAGCCACAGUGCUUGAAUCUGUGUACAUUGACGAAACCAGGCGACUCCUGGAUACAGAGGAUGAACUCAGUGACAUUCAGUCAGAUGCAGUGCCUUCUGAGGUCCGAGACUGGCUGGCCUCCACCUUCACGAGGCAGAUGGGGAUGAUGCUCAGAAGGAGUGAGGAGAAGCCACGGUUCAAGAGCAUCGUCCACGCAGUACAGGCUGGGAUAUUUGUGGAGAGAAUGUAUAGACGGACAUCAAACAUGGUUGGACUGAGCUACCCACCGGCUGUUAUUGAAGCAUUAAAGGAUGUGGACAAGUGGUCCUUUGAUGUCUUUUCCCUCAAUGAGGCCAGUGGGGAUCAUGCUCUGAAAUUCAUUUUCUAUGAAUUACUCACACGUUAUGAUCUGAUCAGCCGUUUCAAGAUCCCCAUUUCUGCACUUGUCUCAUUUGUGGAGGCCCUGGAAGUGGGAUACAGCAAACAUAAAAAUCCUUACCACAAUUUAAUGCAUGCCGCCGAUGUUACACAGACUGUGCAUUACCUCCUUUAUAAGACAGGAGUAGCGAACUGGCUGACAGAGCUGGAGAUCUUUGCUAUAAUCUUCUCAGCUGCCAUCCACGACUAUGAGCACACCGGAACCACCAACAAUUUCCACAUUCAGACACGGUCUGACCCUGCUAUUCUGUACAACGAUAGGUCUGUAUUAGAAAAUCACCAUUUAAGUGCAGCCUAUCGCCUUCUGCAAGAGGAUGAGGAAAUGAAUAUUUUGAUCAACCUCUCAAAGGAUGACUGGAGGGAGUUUCGGACCUUGGUAAUUGAGAUGGUGAUGGCCACAGACAUGUCCUGUCAUUUCCAACAAAUCAAAGCAAUGAAGACUGCUCUGCAACAGCCAGAAGCAAUUGAAAAGCCAAAAGCAUUAUCCCUGAUGCUGCACACAGCAGACAUAAGCCAUCCAGCAAAAGCAUGGGAGCUCCAUCAUCGCUGGACAAUGUCGCUUCUAGAAGAGUUCUUCAGACAGGGUGACAGAGAAGCAGAGCUGGGGCUGCCUUUUUCUCCACUGUGUGACCGAAAGUCGACGAUGGUUGCUCAGUCACAAGUGGGUUUUAUUGAUUUCAUUGUGGAACCCACCUUCACUGUGCUCACAGACAUGACUGAAAAGAUUGUGAGUCCCUUAAUUGAUGAAACCUCCCAAACCGGCGGGAUAGGACAGAGGCGUUCAAGUUUGAACAGCAUCAGUUCGGCAGAUGCAAAGAGAUCGGGUGUCAAGAGCACUGGCUCAGAAGGAAGCGCCCCCAUCAACAGUUCUGUCAUCCCUGUUGACUACAAGAGUUUUAAAGCCACUUGGACUGAGGUGGUGCACAUCAAUCGGGAGAGAUGGAGGGCCAAGGUGCCCAAAGAGGAGAAGGCCAAGAAGGAGGCGGAAGAAAAAGCUCGCCUGGCUGCAGAGGAGAAGCAAAAGGAAAUGGAAGCCAAAAGCCAGGCUGAAGAGGGUGCGGCUGGCAAAACCGAAAAAAAGACAUCUGGAGAAGCUAAGAAUCAAGUUAACGGAACACGCACAAACAAAAGUGACAACCCUCGUGGAAAGAAUUCCAAAUCUGAGAAGUCCUCAGGAGAAAAACAACAGAAUGGUGACUUGAAAGAUGGUAAAAAUAAGACAGACAGGAAGGAUCAAUCUAAUGUCGGAAGUGAUUCAAAGAAAACAGAUGAUUCAGAAGAGUAAAACACACCUCACAUACAAUAAAAGAGGCUGCCAGUGUCUUGCAUCAUUUUAGCUGAGCUUCUUCACUCUCCUUCUCCUCCUUCCACAAAGACCCAUAUCUGGGGAAGGUGUCCAACUUUCAGAAACAAGUUCCCCACACUUGCCUUCCCUCAUGCCGCCUCCUUCCGAGAGAUGGCUCUCUGGGAGCUGGUUUGAGGUCUAGGAACUCUGGGGAGAUCCUCCCCCAGGCAAAUAAAACAACUUGAGCUUUUGGCACAAACAGAAACAAAACAUGAAGGGACUUCCUCAGAAUUCUUUGCUAAUGCCCUGGCUUUCAAGGCACCUGUCUGGCCUGCUGAGGAUGGACAUCCUGGAUAUGCUGAGGGAGGUCUGAAAAAGCCACAUGCGCAGUAAUUGCCAUUUUACUACUGUCGAUGCUGUUACUUUAAAUUGGUUUUGUUUUUGUUUUUGUUUUUGUUUUUGUUUUUUGGUACUGGCUACUGAUGGUGGAUACAGCCAUGCUGGCCCUUCAUCACAGAUGAGAUGAUGAUUCCAGUCUCUGGUUGUUUCCUUUCCUGAGUCAGGAACAUUCUUUUUCUCCAAUUUUCUUUCAGACUUAAAAAUUGUUCUUAUGCUUGUCUUUCCAUUUAUAUAUGAAAUUCUUUUUUAAAAAAGAGAUUAUCCUAUAGGACUUUUUAUUUGUAAAUGCUUAAUUUAUCUGUGCAUUCAUUAAUAUAAACCUGAAUGUUUCAGCUGAUGACCAUAUUGUAUAGGUAGGAGGCACAUUGUUUUCAUUGGGUAGCAUCCAUAACUAAGUGGUUACUGAAAUUUUUACCACUGGCUGGUCCUCUUCUGUUGGAUAUUUAUGGUUUCACUUAAUCACUUUUCUUUCUAUUCAGGGAAGUGCUAAGGGAAUUAGUAUCAGGGAGAUAUGUCAAAUAAUUCUUCUCAUUUUAGUGAGUCUUUAAAAAUAACACAUAGGAGAUAAUUAAUAGCACAAAUCAAGAGAAAGAAUCGUGGAUGUAGCAUGGAAAGGGAAUAAAGAUACACCCCCUGAAUCCAAGUAAAAAAUGGGAUCCAGUAGAGUAAAGGGAAGGGUAAUGUUAUGGGUCUAAAUGGUGUGAUUUGGAUAAAACUGAUUCUUAAAAGGUGGCUAUGGUUCACAAGAGAAUCUUUGAGUCCUCCCCAAGGGGAAACCCCAUGAUUAUGCUGGUGAUGGAGUGGGGUUGGCUAACAGGGAGAGAGAGAGCUAGAUGAUAGGCGUAGGUGUAGUCCCCAUCGCAGAUUUAUUUCUACAUGAAAAACACCAAAACAAACAUUUAAAAAAUCUUUGUAUUGCUAAGGCAAAAUAUUCCUAUUUCUUCAGACAGAAAGGAGACUAUCUAUGUGGUCUACAAGGCUACUUUCCUCGCCAAAAUACCCCCAACAGAAAGAUCUGAAGAACUCUUGUGAAGAAUGCAUAUUUGUGUACUAAUAUUUAAACACAGUUCUUUGUCAUCUUUACAUUUUGCCUUGUAAUGACACGUGUUUUUCUGUCGGUCUCUCUGCUUUUCAGUGACCACAGUAAAUAAUGGGGUCACAAAUUCAAGUCAGGGGCCUAGUGGUAAAUGAGUAAAAGCAAGCCAUGUCCUAUCAGAGUUAUCGUGAUCAAUGGCAAUUGGUACCAGUGAGGCAAUAAGGAACAGGAGGGACUGUGAGGAAUGGGAACCUUUUGUAUGUUGAGGUGUGUGUUGUGGAAAGGGGGCAAUUACUAGUCGGCUACAGGAUCAGUGCUAUGUACAAAUGGGGGUCCUCUACAGAUACCUAGGUUUUUAUAUAAACCCUCUCCAAAUUUUUAAAUAUUGGCAAUAAGUUCAGAAAUCUCCAAAGACUGUGCUGGUUGCAAGAAGCAUGCCUAUGACCUGCACUCCAUCCACGGGACAUCAGUUUGCAAACUAUGCUCUUUGAGGUGGUAUAGUUUUGUAGAGGAAUGAAAUACAACCAGGGCAUGUCGAACUUUUCAUCUUGAAAAUUGAACCUCUUACCUCAUUUCUGUCCUGUAUAUAGAGCUUUGCAUCUGGUCAAAAUAGAAAGCUUACAACUUCCCUUUUAUACUCUUAACUGGAAAGACUAAACAAUAUCUGAAAUAGAAACAGGAAUAUAGCCAUUUUUUUCUAGGAACAAUAAAGAUGGUAAUGUUUUCCAUUUGCUUUAAGUCAUUAAUAGCUGAAAAAGAAUGAGAAGAGAAUUUCAUGCAGUAUAGAGCUCUGCUUGGAAUUCUCAGUGUGGAAAAGCAAAACUCCAUGUAACUCAUUUUUUAAAUCCUUAAGAAGUAUUUUGAAGGGACAUUGAGAAAAAUUCAAAAUUAUCUACUUUUUAAAAAUGUAAACCAAUGUAUUAAUUGUGGAAUAAGUUGAUACUGCAGUUGAUAAAACAUUGAAGUUGUGAUCCCAAGUCAGUAUUGACUGGAAGAACAAUAUUUCCAAAGCUCUAGCACAAUUUCUGUGGUCUUUUUGUUCUCUUGAAACAGCUGCCAAAGAAGCAGCGAUAUGGGCCACACAUUCUUCCACUGCAUGGAGUAUGACAUCUUACUCAGUAUUACAUUGUCAGGUAGAAAGCAAGGGCUUACGCACCUGAAUUAAGAAUUGACCAGGGGCAUCCCUGGGUGGCUCAGUGGUUUAGCGCCUGCCUUCGGCCCAGGGAGUGAUCCUGGAGUCCCAGGAUCAAGUCCUGCGUUGGAUUCCCUGUAUGGAGCCUGCUUCUCCCUCUGCCUGUCUCUGCCUCUUUCUCUUUCUCUCUCUCUCUCUCUGCCUCUCAUGAAUAAAUAAAUACAAUCUUAAAAAAAAAAAAAAAAAAAAAGAAUUGACCAGUAUGUGGAGAAAGCAGUAGGGACAUUUCCACCAUUGACAAACCGUAGUUUCUACAUCUCCCUAGGUGGAACAUUUUCCAAAUGAAGUUGACCCUAAAGUUUCCCUAUGUGACCACAUAGCUCUACACCCAGGUUUUGUGGAUGUGGUAUGUUUUGAUGGCAUAAUGACCGAUCCAUAGGGAGGCCUUUGUCCCAUCUUUUAUUCAUGCCAACCUUUCUUAGUUUAUGAGCCCUAAUAAUUUAUGGCAGCAGGCAAGAGACUCAUUUCUAAAUCAUUAAAUUUAAAUGGAUUUUCCUCCAUUAUCCAUUUCAUUCUUGGAGGUUUUAAAAACUAUUGGAAACAUCUGAUAGGAUUCCUGUUAAGGACCCAAUAUACUUAAACAGUAAAAUAGUAUCUAAACAUCUGAGAGCCAAAGAAUAAUCUAGUGUACCUGUUUAUUUUAUUUGCAGAAUUAAAGCCAUAUAAUGACUUUACAUUUUCCACCUAGAACCAUGCCUUGAGUAAAUUUGAAAAGUGAAAAGGUCAAGAGCAACAUGGGGAAAACAAAAGAAAAAAAAAAGCACUAAAUCUUUUUCUCCUAAUGAGAGAAGAUUCUGAGAUUAAAGCCCAAGUAUGCAGUAUUAUGUCCCCAGUAAAGGGGAUUUAAAGACUCCAGACAACCUUUUUAUUCCAGUUGGAAACUGUUCUGAUUCUGAGAUCCCCGCGCAUCCCAACAGGAGUCACAGUGCUGCCCCCCACCACAGGGCCUGGCACACAGCCAGCAUUCAGGGAGCAUGCGCACAGUUGUCUAGCUGCAUCCCACUAUGUACCUGUGCGUGCCAACAAAGCUCCACAUCGCCUAUAUGCCAAGCGUGUCACUAAAGCUUGCUUUCUAAGUAUAUGCAGACAUACUCUAGUGACGUAAGCAGCUUGUGAAAAGGGAUACAAAACUGCAGGUAGUUUGGGGAAAACCGUCAGAGCCAAGUUUAUGAAUAAAUAAAAAAAUAAAAACUUCUCUGCGGCUUUUGGAUUUAAGAAAAAAAAUAAAAACACAACAAAACAGGAUUUGUCCGAAAUUGUUCUUCCAAAGGGGAUGACACCGAUCUAUAUGAAAUACCAGUGGAUUUAUUUAUAAUCCAAGUUGAAAUAUUUAAAAUCCAAAGUGGACUGUCUUGGAGCAAAUAGGGGAUUUUACACGUGCAGUGUGGGAAUCACUGCCCAGUUUUGCUCUGCUGUUAUUACAGAGUUGGUGUACAGCACUGAACUACAGCAAAAUUGGACAGUAAUGCAAUAAUGAUGUUAUAUUGGAUCUUAUGUGUGAAUAAAUGGAAAGUAAUACUUAUGAUUCAUCAGCAGAGCUCCAUCAUUAAAGGCGUCAUUAGCACUUAGAAAAUGAACUUACUGAAAAAAAUAUCAUGAACAGUAUAAUAUUUCUAUGAUACAUCCCUCUGAGAACCAGGGACACAUUACCUGCCAAGACCAAAUUUCAGUUGUUAAGAUUUCCUCUCGUCGAAGAGACUGAGCAUUGAGGUGACACUAGAAUUAGAAUGGUAGCAGAGCCACCUAGGCUGUUGGACAAAGUUCAGUUAGUUUGGAUUCAGAGAGGUUUAAAAAAUGGGAGGUGGUCCUCUGGAUGUUUUCAUUAGUCAUUUGUAAAAGACAACAUACUUUUCCAGGAAAAGUCUGCAGUAAUCAAGGAUUGUUUCAUUGAAAGAACACCUUGUUUUUACAUUAAACAACAAAGAGUGCCAUGGAAAACCCAGACUGAAAAGUUCAUGAAAGUCUGUUUCAACAUGAUUAGUUCCUGGUUAUUUUAACUAAUCUUCUCCACACACCUCUCCCAUUUUUCAUUAAAAUAUUGCAGAUGUAUUUGAGAUGAAUUUACAUUUAUUCUGGUUCCUGUUCCCAAGUGGAAGUGGAUCAACGCUGGCAAUGGCUUGCUUCACUCAAUGAACUUGGGCCUCACCUAGGUUCCUAGCCACUGAGCUGGGAGAAGCAGGGGUUGGUGUGUGGGCCCUUUCAGCUCACUGGGAGCACACUUACCCAACCUGCUUUGGGAAGAUUCCUCAUCUCUGAGGGUAUAUGCUGGCUGGAGCAGGCUGGUCAGUGCCAUCAUGGAGGCCUUCAUCUUUAGUUAGCUUCAGCCAUGAUCACUGAACUUCACCCAUGUGUUUUCAUGGGAGCAGGCUUCUUAACCUGCAGAAGUAUUUCUCUGUCAGGUUAUGGUGCAGGACAAUUCAUUUAAAAUAAAGCCCAUUAAAACUCAACAGCUAUGGAUUGGCCUUUAAAUAGAUUGUCCUGGAGGCACAUUAUUUGUAAAGUCUUUGCUUCUCUGUCAUGAUCUAUCUUGGGGUUGGUAUUUGUAUACUUGUGUCCUUGUCUUUGAGUGGGUAUAUGUAUGAUGGUACAGAGAUAGAGUCACACACGAAUAUACAUAGACUUGUAGUAAAAACUUACAGCUGUAGGUACUGUCCAGUAACUGAUUCUAGAGAUGGAAUUGUAGAGUAUACAUUUUCCUUUUUUUCUUGCUUUGAUAUUUUUAUACAAUUUUAUAUGCUGUAAAAAAUUUUUAAAAAUAUUUGCUAUUUUCAUUUGUAGAGCUCGGUUAGGUUUUUAUCAGCUCUGGUGCGCACUGUACAGCCAGACUCCUCCCCCUAUCUAAUUUAAGAAUCUUCUUCCUUUUUCAUACCUUUCUUUUUUCCCUUUCCCUUCUUCUCUUCUCUCAUUUUUCUACCUUUCAUAAAUUCCUUCUUUUGCCUCUGUCCAGGCAAGCCAUUCUGCCUGUGGUAUCAUUUUAGCACAAGGAAACACAAAAUAAUGGGGGAAAGAAAGGCACCUUCUUCCAGUGUAAUUAACAUGAGGAAAUGUUGGGUGCCAAGGGUGGGGUAGGUAAGUGGGGAGUAUAGGGAAUAGAUUGGGGAAAGGAAGCAGGAUAUGGGAAAUCCUCAUGGGAGAUCAGUUACCCAAAGCAAGGUGAGUCACGUUCGAGGCUAAUGUAAUGCUACCAUCUUCCCUCAGUGUAGAGCCCAAGUUUUGCUUUCCCAGGGUUUUUCCCCUUAAGAUGCCAUGCGCUCAUCAUCAUCGAUAGAUCUUCUCCCUGUAUGGGCAUUGGCCCAAUGUGAAUGGCUAACUCAGCACAUCUCAGCCUUAGAUUUUGCUGCUGUUCAGCGAGAUUUGUGGGCAAUGUCUGGAUUAAUACCAAGAGUGUUUAACAAGACUCAAAAAAGGGAGGCAAGCAGAACCAACCCCCCUAAACUCAGUCCAAAUCGUGCCAAAUAAGUAAUUCUUUGGAGGUAUAAGGAAAAGAUUUCUGGAUGUGUUCUGAGAAUGCUUUUGCAAAAGGGAAGAUGGUAAAAUGGACUUGUGUUUAUUUUUACAGCAGUGAUAGAAUGUAUUUCCAUGAUGUAAAAUAUGUUUCUAGUAGAUAAAAUGCAGGUGGCAAUUUGCAUUUGUGUAUCAAAGGGCAAAAGAAUGGCCAUCCAUUCUAAAGAAGAUUGUUUUGUUCCCUAUGAUGCUGGUUUGUACGAAAACAAACUAUUCAAUUGCCAUAGCAUCAUGUCUCCAAAUGGAAAAAUAAUUCCUAAAGAUUCAUGUAAAACAGAAAUGCGAAACUACUCCCAAUAAACUCAAGAUGUGUUUAUUGUAAAUCUUUAUUGCACAGAUGAGGCUGACUGUCUAUGUAUAAUUUUCCCCAUCAUCUAGUAAUGAAUAAGUACCUGUAUGUUCUUCUGAUUACCAAAUAAAAACAGUGAGUUAAUCUCUCCGUUGGAAUUUGAAAAACCUAA